UCUAUUGCGUCGUCUAUAACCUCUGAUAUGUCGAUGCCGUCGCCAUCCGAUUUCCAGUUGCGCAGGCGAAGAGCUGCUAAAUUGACACAUUUCUUCGGCGUGGAUUAUCGUGAACUUAUUCAUGAUAUUCUGGAAAGCAUCGAGAAGGGCGUGGAAGAGGAAAGGAAGAGAGGGACGCUUCGGCCCGAGGAAGUUGAAUCUUUGCUGCAUAAGCUUCAUGACCUUCGGACAAGACAGGAUGGUUUCUUAUAA